AUGACAAGACCCCUGAGAAGCAACACGGCAGGAACCAAUGGCAGCAAUGCCGCUGGUUUCUUAACCGGGAACCCCAGCAGAUGUGAAAACCCUCCUGCUGGAGGAUCCACCCUUGAAGAAGUUUUGGCCGCAAUGGAAACCUUACGAAGGGAGAACCAAGAAGUGCGUCGAAGGGCAGAAGAAGCUGAGCGUUUGUACCAACGAAACCACACGGAGACCAGUAACAACCCGACGUUACAAGAGAUCCUGGCCACAGUGGAGACGCUGAGGCGGGAAAAUGAAGAGGCGCGGCAGCGAGCAGAAGAAGCAGAACGCCUACGCCAGCACCACAUCGAAACAUUGAAUAAUGAUCCAGCGAUAAGGGAGAUCAAGAUCACGGUAGAAGCUCUGAGACGUGAGAACGAAGAGGCGCGGAGGAGAGUGGAGGAAUCCGAGCGUCUACGUCAGGAAGAUCACGAGCGUAUGCGUCACCUCAAUGAGGACCAUCAAAGAAGAGCCGAGGCAGCGCAAGCGGCAUUACAAGCCCAAAUUGCAGAGCUACGAAGAGGCAACACUGAAGGAGGAGGACCAGAACCGUCAAGAGGGGGAGUAGAACCACCGAGGGCAUUCCAACCUUUUUCCGAAGCCAUAGAACGUGAAGUUGUGCCCCCGUACUUGGCCAUCCCACGUAUCACGCCGUUUGAUGGCACCCAGGACCCUGACGAACACCUGAUGAUUUAUCGGGCCCAUAUGUUAAUUAAUGGUGGAUCUGAUGCAGUAUUUUGUAAACUUUUUGUAGGUACCCUCACAGGGACGGCUUUGAAGUGGUUCAGCCAACUGGUAGAUAGAUCCGUAACCGGAUAUGACGUCUUGUCGCGACUUUUCGUGGCCCAAUUCGCGGCAAACAAAAGGAAAUCCAUGACGAUUGCGGAUCUAUUGGAUGUCCGCCAAUACCGAGAAGAGUCCCUGAAGGAAUACUUAGACCGAUUCAACCAAGUCGCAAUCAAAGUGGCUAACCCUGACGAGCAAAUGUUUGUGAUUGCUUUCAGCAAAGGACUCAGGUCAGGACCAUUUUCAGAAUCCCUCGUUCAAAGGACGGCUGAAAACAUGACCGAGGUCCGUGCAAGAGCCGCUUGCCACAUCGAGGCGGAAGAAAGUGAGACUUGGAAGAGAGAGGCUGAGAAGAGGGAGAAUACACACACUCUAACCACCACAAAUAGCUGA